GCCUGAGGCCUGGUCCUGCUCCCCGCUGACCCCUUUUGGACCCAGGAUGGCAGAGGCUGGCCUGAGGGGUUGGCUGCUCUGGACCCUGCUCCUGCACUUGGCCCAGAGUGAGCUGUACACUCCCAUUCAUCAGCCUGGCUACUGCGCUUUCUAUGAUGAAUGUGGGAAGAACCCAGAGCUGUCUGGAGGCCUCACGUCAUUGGCCAAUGUGUCCUGCCUGUCCAACACACCAGCCCGCAACAUCACAGGUGAACACCUGGCCCUACUACGGAGCAUCUGUCCCCGCCUCUACACUGGUCCCACCACCACCCAAGCCUGCUGCUCUGUCAAGCAGCUGGUAUCACUGGAGGCAAGCAUGUCCCUCACCAAGGCCCUCCUCACCCGCUGCCCAGCCUGCUCUGACAAUUUUGUGAGCCUGCACUGCCACAACACCUGUAGCUCCAACCAGAGCCUCUUCAUCAACGUGACCCGUGUGGCUCAGCGAGGUGUUGGUCAGCCCCCUGCCGUGGUGGCCUAUGAGGCCUUCUACCAGCGCAGCUUUGCAGAACAGACCUACGACUCCUGCAGCCGCGUGCGCAUCCCUGCAGCUGCCUCACUGGCCGUGGGCACCAUGUGUGGUGUGUAUGGCUCUGCUCUUUGCAAUGCCCAGCGCUGGCUUGAUUUCCAAGGAGACACAGGGAAUGGCCUGGCCCCACUGGACAUCACUUUCCACCUCCGGGGGCCUGGUGAGACCCCAGGGAGUGGGAUGCAGCCUCUGAAUGAGAAGAUUGUGCAUUGCAACGAGUCCCAAGGUGGCAACACAAUGGCCUGCUCCUGCCAGGACUGUGCUGCCUCCUGCCCUGUCAUAGCACGCCCCCCAGCCCUGGACUUCACCUUUCACCUGGGCCAGAUGCAGGGUGGGCUUGCUGUUAUCAUCAUCAUCUGCUCUGUCUUUGUCUUGCUCACCAUCUUCCUUGUGUACUUCCGAGUGGCCCCCAGCAAGGACAAAGGCAAAAAGGUGGAGACCAAGGAGGGCGCUAGCUUCCCUAACAAGCUCAGGCUCUCCAUCCAUACCCUCCUUGGCCAAUUUUUCCAGGGCUGGGGCACAUGGGUGGCCUCAUGGCCGCUGACUAUCCUGGUGUUUUCCACCAUGUUGGUGGUGGCCUUGGCGAGUGGCCUGACCUACAUGGAACUCACCACAGACCCUGUGGAGCUAUGGUCGGCUCCAAACAGCCAAGCCCGGAAAGAGAAGGCUUUCCAUGACCAGCAUUUUGGCCCCUUCUUCCGAACCAACCAGGUGAUCCUGACAGCUUCUAACCGGUCCAGCUAUAGGUACGACUCCCUGCUGCUGGGACCCAAGAACUUCAGCGGGGUCCUGGCCCUGGACCUGCUACUGGAGCUGCUGGAGCUGCAGGAGAGGCUGCGGCACCUGCAGGUGUGGUCACCCGAGGCACAGCGCAACAUCUCUCUUCAGGAUAUCUGCUACGCCCCCCUCAACCCGCACAAUGCCAGUCUCUCCGACUGCUGCAUCAAUAGCCUCCUGCAGUACUUCCAGAACAAUCGCACACUCCUGCAGCUCACAGCCAACCAGACACUGCUGGGGCAGACCUCCCAGGUCGAUUGGAGGGACCACUUUCUCUACUGCGCCAACGCCCCCCUCACCUUCAAAGAUGGCACGGCUCUGGCCCUGAGCUGCAUGGCUGACUAUGGAGCCCCCGUCUUCCCUUUCCUUGCUGUGGGGGGGUACAAAGGGAAGGACUAUUCUGAGGCAGAGGCCCUGAUCAUGACAUUCUCCCUCAACAAUUAUCCUGCUGAGGACCCCCGUCUGGGCCAGGCCAAGCUAUGGGAGAAAGCCUUCUUGGAGGAGAUGCGAGCCUUCCAGAGUCGGACAGCUGGAAAGUUCCAGGUUGCAUUUAUGGCUGAGCGCUCUCUGGAGGAUGAGAUCAACCGCACCACAGCUGAGGACCUGCCCAUCUUUGCUGUUAGCUACAUUGUCAUCUUCCUAUACAUCUCCCUGGCCCUGGGCAGCUACUCCAGGUGCAGCCGAGUGCUGGUGGACUCCAAGGCCACGCUGGGCCUGGGCGGGGUGGCCGUGGUGCUGGGAGCAGUCAUGGCUGCCAUGGGCUUCUUCUCCUACCUGGGUAUCCGCUCGUCCUUGGUCAUCCUCCAAGUAGUACCCUUCCUGGUGUUGGCUGUGGGGGCUGACAACAUCUUCAUCUUUGUCCUCGAGUACCAGAGGCUGCCUCGGAAGCCUGGAGAGGAACGGGAGGUCCACAUUGGCCGAGCUCUGGGCAGGGUGGCUCCCAGCAUGCUGUUAUGCAGCCUCUCUGAGGCCAUCUGCUUCUUCCUUGGGGCCCUGACCCCCAUGCCAGCUGUGCGGACCUUUGCCCUGACUUCCGGCCUUGCUGUGAUCCUUGAUUUCCUGCUGCAGAUGUCUGCCUUCGUGGCCUUGCUCUCCCUGGACAGCAAGAGGCAGGAGGCAUCCCGGCUGGACCUCUGUUGCUGUGUCAAGUCCCAGGAGGUACCCCCACCUGGCCAGAGUGAGGGGUUCCUACUCCGCUUCUUCCGCAAAGUCUACGCCCCCUUCCUAAUGCACCGGCUCACACGUGGGGUUGUGCUGCUGCUGUUUCUGGCUCUGUUUGGAGGGGGUCUCUACUUCAUGUGCCACAUCAGCGUGGGACUAGACCAGGAGCUAGCCCUGCCCAAGGACUCGUAUCUCCUUGACUACUUCCUCUUUCUGAACCGCUACUUUGAGGUGGGGGCCCCAGUAUAUUUUGUUACUACCUCGGGCUACAACUUCUCCACUGAGGAGGGUAUGAAUGCCAUCUGCUCCAGCGCUGGCUGUGCCAACAACUCCCUCACCCAGAAGAUCCAGUAUGCCUCUGAGUUCCCUGAGCAGUCUUACCUGGCCAUUGCUGCCUCUUCCUGGGUGGAUGACUUCAUUGACUGGCUGACUCCGUCCUCCUGCUGCCGCCUUUAUAUCUUAGGCUCCAAUGCGGGCAAGUUCUGCCCCUCCACCGUCAACUCCUUGAACUGCUUAAAGAACUGCAUGGACUUCACAAUGGGCCCCGUGCGGCCCUCAGUGGAGCAAUUCCACAAGUACCUCCCCUGGUUCCUGAGUGACCCACCCAACAUCAAAUGUCCUAAAGGCGGCCUGGCAGCUUACAGCACCUCUGUGAAUCUGAGCUCAAAUGGCCAGGUCUUAGCCUCGCGGUUCAUGGCCUACCACAAGCCCCUGAAGAACUCACAGGAUUUCACAGGAGCUUUGCUGGCAGCUCGGGAGCUGGCAGCCAACAUCACCGCUGACCUGCGGAAGGUGCCUGGGACAGACCCAGCCUUUGAGGUCUUCCCCUACACGAUCAGCAAUGUGUUUUAUGAGCAGUACUUGACUGUCCUCCCCGAAGGGCUCUUCAUGCUCAGCCUCUGCCUAGUGCCCACCUUCGCUGUCUGCUGCAUUCUGCUGGGGAUGGACCUGCGCUCCGGCAUCAUCAACCUGUUCUCCAUUGUCAUGAUUGUCGUGGACACUGUUGGCUUAAUGGCCCUGUGGGGCAUCAGCUACAAUGCUGUGUCCCUCAUCAACCUGGUCACGGCGGUAGGCAUGUCUGUGGAGUUUGUGUCACACAUCACCCGCUCCUUUGCCAUCAGCACCAAACCCACCAGGGUGGAAAGGGCCAAAGAGGCCACUAUCUCUAUGGGCAGUGCGGUAUUUGCAGGGGUGGCCAUGACCAACCUGCCUGGCAUCCUUGUCUUGGGCCUCGCCAAGGCCCAGCUCAUCCAGAUCUUCUUCUUCCGCCUCAACCUUGUGAUCACCCUGCUGGGCCUGCUGCACGGCCUGGUCUUCCUGCCAGUCAUCCUCAGCUACCUGGGGCCUGAUGUCAACCCUACUCUGAAGCUGGAGCAGGAGCUGGCUGAGGAGGCAGCAGUGGCCAGGGCAGCCACCAACAUCUAUGUCAACCAUGGCUUUGAAGAUCCUGUCAAGGAUACUGGUACCAUUAGCUCUCCGGCUCUGAACUGAUGGGCCAUGAAAAUUUUCUUGUAAUUGUCCAUGGACACCUCACUCCCACACAAGCUUAGGGAAGCUGUUCCCUGAGACUGCCUAUCUCUUGAGAACGCUAUGCCCUCUGACCAUGAGGCUUCCUGGCAGUACUGCUGAUGGCUCCUCUGCUCCCAUAGUGGACCCCUGGUUUCUGAGGCACUUGGGCCUCAUUUAGCAUAGAGUGCCUACUCCUACAGUUCCUGGGUCUUAGAGUUGCCCGGAAUAGAUACAGUCUAUGUUUUCCCAGACUCAGACUCUUUCAUAGGUGCUGCUUCUCUUUCAACAGAUUAGAUUCUUCUGUUAAAAAAACCUCAAUUCUAAGUCAAUAAGUCUUUAAGACUGACCAGUGUCCCUGAGAACAGAGAGUGACUCCACUUUGGGCUGUGACACCACGGGAGUCCAGGAAGAGGCCAAGGCUCAGGCUGAAAACAGCAACUGCCCUCUGCUGGGUGCACCUGCAAAACUGCCAUCCACAUCUUUCUGGUGAGGGAAGGGCCCAGGGAGGAUGUUCUCCUAAACACAUUUGUAAUGGAUUCACCUCACCUGGAAAAUAGUGUUAGGUUUGGUCAUCUCCAGGUGAGACUGCUGCUAGUUGAUGCCAUCUGGGCUGGGAGCUCUUGGGGCCAAACUGGGCUUCCCGCCUCCAUUGGCCUGUUGGCCUCAAACUAGCCCAACCUGAGUCUCCAUGGAGAAAUCUUCAGAUGCACAAGCUUUAGAAGAGAGAAAGAAGCCUUGCUCUGUGCUGAGUAUACAAGUGCUUAAUAAAUAUUUGUUGGGAAGAAAUGG